CAGGGCUUUGUGAUAGCAGACCUGGUGACACAGUAGCCUUUAGGCAGAGCUCCGCUGGAUGUGCAGGAAGUGCUGCUACAGGUUUGUCCGGGGGAAACCCGAGCCAUUUCUCUGUGGACAGCUGCCUUUCAAAGUCUGGACAAGUUGCUGCUCAAUUUUGCACGGGCUGCCAGAAUUUUGUGGGAGUAUAAUACUUUGUCAUUAUGAGAUGUCGUCUCUCGGUACCUCCUUUGUGCAAAUUAAAUUUGAUGACUUGCAGUUUUUUGAAAACUGCGGUGGAGGAAGUUUUGGGAGUGUGUAUCGAGCCAAAUGGAUAUCACAGGACAAGGAGGUGGCUGUAAAGAAGCUACUCAAAAUAGAGAAAGAGGCAGAAAUACUCAGUGUCCUCAGUCACAGAAACAUCAUCCAGUUUUAUGGAGUAAUUCUUGAACCUCCCAACUAUGGUAUCGUCACAGAAUAUGCUUCUCUGGGAUCACUCUAUGAUUACAUUAACAGUAAUAGAAGUGAAGAGAUGGACAUGGAUCACAUUAUGACCUGGGCCACUGAUGUAGCCAAAGGAAUGCACUAUUUACAUAUGGAGGCUCCUGUCAAGGUGAUUCACAGAGAUCUCAAGUCAAGAAAUGUUGUUAUAGCUGCUGAUGGGGUAUUGAAGAUCUGUGAUUUCGGCGCCUCUCGGUUCCAUAACCAUACAACGCACAUGUCCUUGGUUGGAACUUUCCCUUGGAUGGCUCCAGAAGUUAUCCAGAGUCUCCCUGUGUCUGAAACUUGUGACACAUAUUCCUAUGGUGUGGUUCUCUGGGAGAUGCUAACAAGGGAGGUCCCCUUUAAAGGUUUGGAAGGAUUACAAGUAGCUUGGCUUGUAGUGGAAAAAAACGAGAGAUUAACCAUUCCAAGCAGUUGCCCGAGAAGCUUUGCUGAACUGUUGCGCCAGUGUUGGGAAGCUGAUGCCAAGAAACGGCCAUCUUUCAAGCAGAUCAUUUCGAUUCUGGAGUCUAUGUCAAAUGACACUAAGCUUUCUGACCAGUGUAACUCCUUCUUGCACAACAAGGCAGAGUGGAGGUGCGAAAUUGAAGCAACUCUGGAGAGGCUGAAGAAACUAGAGCGGGAUCUCAGCUUUAAAGAGCAGGAGCUCAAAGAGCGAGAGAGACGCCUGAAGAUGUGGGAGCAAAAGCUGACGGAGCAGUCCAACACCCCGCUUCUCUUGCCUCUUGCUGCAAGAAUGUCUGAGGAGUCUUACUUUGAAUCUAAGACAGAGGAGUCAAAAAGUGCAGAGAUGUCAUGUCAGAUCACAGCAGCAAGUAACGGGGAGGGCCAUGGCAUGAACCAGAGUCUGCGGGCCAUGAUGCUGAUGGGCUUUGGGGAUAUCUUCUCAAUGAACAAAGCAGGAGCUGUGCUGCAUUCGGGGAUGCAGAUAAGCAUGCAAGCCAAGCAGAAUUCUUCCAAAACCACAUCUAAGAGAAAGGGGAAGAGGGUCAACAUGGCCUUGGGGUUCAGUGAUUUGUCAGAAGGUGACGAUGAUGACGGUGAUGACGGUGAUGACGGUGAUGAGGAGGAAAAUGACAUGGAUAAUAAUAGUGAAUGAAAGCAGAAAGCAAAGUAAUAAAAUUGAAAAUGUUUGGAAAAACAAACUUGUUAUCUCAGUCUGUACGAAAACCAGUAAGGAAGUAGGAAACCAAGCACUGCAUUUUUAGGCCGAUCACAUUCGUAUGGCAGUCAUUUCUUGAUCGAUUUUACUUUUGACUUGUUUUUGCUUACAGAAAAAUGGGGGAAAAAUUAAGCCAGAAAGGUGUAUUUAAUGAACCAGCAAAUAUGGUGCCUGAUUAUAGAAAUUUGUGAUUCUCUAUACAAUGUGGUAUUUUUUUAACCAAUGACAUUCUGGCUUUUUUUUAAGUGAAUACUUUAUAUUUGAUUUGAUUUCGUUUAUUCAAUUUCUUAAGAAAACUUACAUUUUGAACAAGCACUCUUAACUCCUAAAUCUUCUCUAACACUUGAUUUUCUCGUAACAUACUACAUUUUUUUUCUUAUGGCAGUACACUGUACUGUCAGAAAUAAUUGAUAGUGACUACAAAAUCCAACAGUAAAAAAAUUGAGAUGACAGAAGGUUAUAACAAAUACUUCUUCAGAAAUACCUAAAUGCCAAGAAUUGUCAAUACUUAAAUAGCACAACUACUCAAAAUAAAGCCUGAGAGAGGUUGUCAGUGGUGCGUUUGAAGGAGAAAGACUCUAAUUUGAAACCAAAAGCAGACGUGGCAGGCUUUCCGACCAGUGCUAGCCGUGGAAGUUUCUCAGCAACACACUGUCAUCCAAGGCUCAGCUUACACUUCAUACAAAGAGAAAGAGAUGGUCUUCAAGGGACCCUUCCAGGCAGUGGGAGUGGAACCCGGGCCUGCUUCCACUGAGAGGAUACGCGUGUUCGUUUGUUUUCUAGAGGGGCGUGAUAAUCCUGGGUUCCAAACAUAUGUAUAGAGAUUUUAAAGAGAGAACUAAAUAUUAUAAAAGGAAUAGCAAAGAUAAGUUAUCUUUAUUUAAGCAGAAGUGCAGGAUGAAGGGUCCUUUCUGUAUCAAAUCUGGCCUUCCAGAGCUGUCCUUUUUCUAACCCUAACUCAGCCACGUUGGUGUUAAAGAGAAGUAAAUGUAGGUGCUGAUGGGGAAACCUACUAGCCAGAGAGAGAUUCCCAGAAUGUUACCACAUAUUCGUCAAAACUUGUUUAAACAUAGAACACUGUUAAAAAAAAAAAAACUACAGGACAUUUGUUGUUACAUAUAUACAGAAAGGCAAAAGAAUAAAGACUCUUUUUCAGCCUAAAUUAGAAAGCAGGACCGUUCAUUUGACUAUUAAACUAAAGUACUUUUGGUGGUGGUUUUUAUGGAGGAUUAAGAAAGGAUGUCAUCAUAGAUAUUAUCCAAUACUACUUCCAAGUAUAUUUAACAUGGGAAUGAGAAUGGCACCUCCUUCACAGGACUGUCGUGAGGAUUAAAGGAAACAAUACGUGUAAAGGACUUGGCUCAGCACCAGGCGGGCCAGUGAACGUUAACUCUAGUCAUUAUGCCCUUGAAAAGACACUGAAAAAGAAGUGCUUCCAGUAACCUUCUGGAAGACUAAAUUAUCACUUUCAAGUGAUAUCUGUUGAGUAGUAUGAGAUGAAAGUUAAAGUGAAUAGCCUUCAGGAACGCUAAAGAGAACAUUCUUAGAGUGUAAGCUCUCUUCAGACAUUUAAUCUGUUGCUCUUUGAAGCCUGCAGAGGGGCUGGGUUUGCCUGGUCUGAGGUGUUUGCAGGCCCUGCUACCACCCACAGACUCAGUAAACACAGAAAGAACAGGUAAACCUUUCCCCAAGAGGACGAGUUCCCCACCCAUCCACUCUGAUGCACUUUCUAGUGCUGUGCAAACACGGAUACAGAUAGAUACACGCCCACCAUCACAGAGUGCUGGUGACAGACGGGCACAAACAGCGGCACAUCCUGUCUGCGCCCGGACACACAGAAGUGCUCCUUGAGCCCAGUCUCUCAAGCACAAACAAGAUCUUGCCCUGGGGCACAAGGGACGGUUUUCAACUCUGGGCUUCCCAGCACGCCCUGGGGCCCCGCGGCCUAUGCGCCUGAAGGAGAGAGCCCGAGAGGGCAGUAGAAAAGCCUCUUGCCAUCUUCCCAGGCAAAGGUCAAGUCAUCCAUCCCACAUCUGUUCACUGAGCCCCUCCUCUGUGCCAGGGUGUGUUCUAGGGAACAGCUAGACACAAAGCCCUUGCGCUCGCGGGGCUUACGUGCCAGCAGUGGAGAUGGACAGGGAACACACACCCAUCCCUGGCAUGUAAACGUUUGGUGAGAAUGAAGCUGGGGAGGGAUAUGGCACGUGGGAGCGCUGCGGUUUUUAACGUGUCCUCAGGAAAGGCCUCCCUGAUACAGGAUCUCUGGGGGCUAAUUUUGGGAUCUGUGCGGUUUAUGUAAGAAUAGAAACCUUGCCUCUCAUUGAAGAAUAAUCAACAAUACAUUUAGAACAUAUGAACUGAAUGAAACUGAUAUUUUUUUCUAAAUUUACAUAUCAGUCUGUUAGGAUUAUACAUAAAGUUUGGUGCAUUAAUAAACGCAGCUAAGUAGGGUCAAAAGAGAAAGGUAAUCAGACUGUAUACCCAGACGUAGGAUUGUUAUUAAUUAGGUAAUAUUGCUCUCACUCUCAACUGCUGCCUUUCCUUCCCUGUUUCCAGAGCUGGUCAUAGCUCACAGUGCUUGAUCAUCAAACAACUGCAGAGAUUCAGGACACAGCAGAAUUGAUGAGCUCAGGGAUAACUUGAUGUUGUUCUCCACCUAGAAUUGGACUGCGGAUAAUUAUCAUAUGGCAUCAGCUGUUGUACUUUCUGUUCCAAAUCAGUGUCUUUCUGGGGUUUUGAACAUCCCUGAAAUCUGAAUCAUAUAAACAAAAUUUUUAAAUGGUCUCCCUCUAUCUGUGAAGAUUAUUUAGAAGACUUUAGAUUCUAUUCGUUUUAUUAAUUUUAAAAAGAAACAUUUAUUAGCUAUAUGCAGAAUUCCUAACGAUGAUGUUAAUUGUGCAGUUUCUAAUUCACUUUUCAGAUCAGUUUUUGAAAAGGCCAGUUAUUGGUGUUGGGUUGGUUUCCACUUCCUUGACUUACAAAAAACUUCGUUAUAAAGAGUUGAAGAAACACUGAGAAAUUUAAAGAUUCAGAAUUGAAAGUGAAUUGUGGUAAUAAUUCUCACAGCUAUACAACUGAAAAUAUAACUCCUCUUUCAUCCUUUUUCCUUUGUUCAUGAAGUUGAUCAUGUGGAAUUUGAUGGCAGCCUACUAGUGGUUCUCAACUGAGUAGUGCUGUCACCCAAUGGUGUCUCAGAGUGCUGGGCAUAUUUUUGGUUGUCAUGGUGACUGGGGAUGUAUUUAAUGGCCAGUGCCAAAAAUGGUACAUCCCACAUGUCAGGGACAGUCCCACCCGAUAAAGAAUCCCACCCAAAAUACCCACAGCAUUGUCUCUUCCCUCCUUGAGAAACUUGCUAAACCUGGCAGUUUUAGAGUUCUAAUGUUUUUUCCCUAAACAAAAUCACAUAAGUCAAAAGAUGUAUUUUCAGAAUUAUAACUACUACACAAUCUGAAUUUUGUAGGUCUGUGACAUUUAUCUCAAAUCCCCAGUUGUGGAAAUGGUUUCUUUCUCACUCAAGAAUGCUGAUAGAAACUUCAUGAAACAGCUAAAUUUACCCGGGGGUAGCUCUCCUAUUACACUGAUUCCACAAUAGAUAUAAAAGAAAAACGUCAUUGAGGCAGCUGCAAUUCUGCAAAGUGGCCAGGUUAAUUUAAAAGGACUCUUUUCCUUACAGUCUUUUUUUUUUUUUUUUUUUUUUUGCAAAACCACAUUUUAAUCAUUUACGUAAAUAGCCAAUGGGAAGAGGUUGAAGGCACAUAGCAUGCUUCUUUUGGAUGCUCUGGAAAUGUUGAGGGUCAGGUUUUUUCACAUGCAGUAGAUUUGUUACUUUAACACCAGCGGAUGUAUUCAAACUUGAUCUCCAUUAAAACCAAGGAAUUAGGGGUGGGGGAAGAUUCGAGAGAGAUCCAGAAUGACUUCUGUGAGCACUAUGAUGCAAAUAACUUUAUUUUUUGGGGUUUUCAUUGGAGUGGUAAGAAUUUCAUGAAAGAUAAUUUUAAAACUUAUUCUGAGUUAAAUAUUGAUAGUUUUUUAAAAUUUUUGAUACACUAGACUUGCAGCCUUUUGAAACUAGCAGAGUCCCACCAUACCAUAUAUAUAAUGGAGCAUAAUUUUUCUAUAAUCAGGCACCUUUCGCUGCUUUUGAGUAAGACUGUUUUCCUGUUGCGAUUUUAAGUGUUGCCAGAGAGAAGAACCUGUUCUCUUCUUUUGGUUGUAGCACAGCCUGAUAGCUCUAGAUGUAGCAUUUCUGUGAUGAAAUGAGUGUCUACAGGAAAUCUGGAGGACUAGCCAUGAUUCCUCGGAUCCCAACUUAGUUCGCACUCUAUUGCCUGUGACAAGCUUUCUGGCAUGUGAUUAUUUACUUCAAAACUAGAGUUUCAAGCACCUACAUUAAUAAUUUUAUAUCGUGUGCAGAACAGCAUAUCUUUUAAUGUCAGAUACAUACACUGCACAAAUUGCUUCUGCACUUUUAAAAAAUUUUUGUACUAAAUAAUAGAAAAUAUUUAUAUUCUUUGAGUGUGAGCUUUGAAUAGAUGGCAUUAUCACUUUGUUUUUUUUUAACAAAAACUUUUUCUCAACAAUUCUAUUGCAAUGUUAUUCUGAGCAAGUCCUAUGCCAAAUAUCUUGUAUAAUGUUUGUAUGGAAGAUUAAAUUUUACUCUUGUGUGGUAAGACUACUAGUUAUUGACUUCAUCGUUGGAAUUUGAUAUUCCAGCACAAAGUGCACAAUGUAUUCAGAAAUCCAAGUUGGUGUCAUACAUUUCAUUUUGAUGUGAACUUUUCUUUGCUUUCCUUUGUUCUAAGACUCCAUUUUGCAAUAAACGUUUUGACAGUAAA